AUGACUAGCUCGGAGGUCCUAACGGCGACCGAGAUUGCCAAGCACGACAACGCGUCGGACUUGUGGAUCGUGGUGGCGGGCAAGGUAUGGGACGUCACAGAGUUUGCCCCUAGUCACCCAGGGGGCUUUGGGAUUAUUCUUAAGUACGCGGGCAAAGAUGCCACAGAUGCGUAUUCCGACAUCCACCCGCCGACUACCUUGACCGAAAAUCUUGGUCAAGACAAGCUUAAGGGUAUUGUCAACCGGAAUACCAUGGAAAAACUGGCCCUCCAGCCUCGCCCAGCGAUCACAAAGGCCCCUCCUAACUCAAUAUCUAGCCACAAGCCUUCGCUAGACAACAUGAUCAGCACAUUCGACUUUGAAGAGGUAGCGUCAAAGACCCUCGCCGCAAGGAUAUGGGCUUUUUAUUCCUCGGCGGCCGCAGACGUCAUCACCAAGCGCAUGAACGCCGCCUGCUUUGACCAGAUCAUGCUGCGUCCUCGCAUGCUGAUCGACGUUACCAAAGUCAGCACUGAGCAAACAAUACUAGGCUGCAGAACCGGCGUCCCUUUCUAUAUCUCACCGGCAGCGAUGGCCAAGCUGGUGCACCCAGACGGCGAAAUCGCUGUCGCUCGAGGAUGUGGAGAAAACAAUGUCAUCCAGGCCAUCUCUACGUCAGCGUCUUACCCUGUGGACGAGAUCGUCAAGGCAGGGGGUUCGCACCAGCCCUUCUUCUUCCAGCUGUACGUGAAUAAGGACCGUACCAAAAGCGAAGAUCUACUCGCACGGGUUAAAGCCCUGGGUGUAAGGGCUAUAUUCGUCACUAUCGAUAGCCCUGUUCCGGGCAAGCGAGAGGCAGAUGAGCGAGCCAAGGACCAAGACGAUGUGCAAGUCCCUGAUAGCUUCAAGGGAAAAGGCAAUCAAAAGAGCGGUGGCUAUGCCCGCUCGAUUGGCGGCUAUGUAGAUGCCUCGCUUAAUUGGGGGGAUAUCGCCUGGCUGCGAAAGCAUUGGAGCGGCCCUAUCGUUCUGAAAGGCGUCAUAACGGCAAUGGAUGCCAAACUUGCCGUCGAGCAUAAGCUAGAGGGCAUUGUGCUUAGCAACCAUGGCGGAAGAAACCUAGACACAAGUCCGGCGUCAAUUCUCGUACUUCUCGAGCUGCAGAAAAGCUGUCCGGAGGUGUUUGAUAAACUCGAGGUACUGAUUGAUGGAGGAAUCCGUCGUGGAACCGAUAUUUUCAAGGCAUUAUGCCUUGGUGCAAAGGGGGUAGGCGUUGGCAGAGGAUUCCUAUAUGCCCUCGACUAUGGUCAGGAGGGCAUUGAGAAGUAUAUUCAGAUCCUCAAAGAUGAGCUUGAGACGACUAUGAGGCUAUGCGGCAUCACGCACCUCUCUCAAGUUCACCCGGGAUUGGUUAAUACGCUUGCUAUUGAUCACCUGGUGUCGGAUUCGGAUAAUUAUCCCUAUGCAAGGUGGCGACCUAAGGCAAACUUGUAA